AUUCCUGUCCCCCAAAUCCUCUCAGCAAACAAGCACAAGCCCUGGAUCGAGGCCGAAUACCAGGGCAUCGUCAUGGAGAAUGAUAACACAGUCCUGCUCAACCCACCACUAUUUGCUCUGGACAAGGAUGCACCACUGCGCUAUGCAGGUGAGAUCUGUGGUUUCCGGAUCCAUGGGGCUGGAGUGCCCUUUGAAGCUGUGAUCCUGGACAAGGCCACCGGUGAGGGGCUGAUCCGGGCCAAGGAGCCGAUGGACUGUGAGGCUCACAAGGAGCACACCUUCACUAUCCAGGCAUACGACUGCGGAGAGGGACCUGAUGGGACCAAUACCAAGAAAUCCCACAAGGCCACUGUGCACGUACGGGUGAAUGACGUGAAUGAGUUUGCUCCGGUCUUUGUGGAGAAGUUAUACCGUGUGGCAGUAACUGAGGGGAAACUCUAUGACCGCAUCCUGCGGGUGGAGGCCAUCGAUGGAGACUGCUCCCCCCAGUACAGCCAGAUUUGCUACUAUGAGAUCCUCACUCCCAACAUCCCCUUCCUGAUUGACAAUGAUGGGAACAUUGAGAACACUGAAAAGCUGCAAUACAAUGGAGAGCGCCUGUACAAAUUCACAGUUACGGCCUAUGACUGUGGCAAGAAGCGAGCGUCUGAUGAUGCUGAAGUGGAGAUCCAAGUGAAGCCCACCUGCAAACCUAGCUGGCAAGGCUGGAAUAAGCGGAUCGAGUACGCGCCAGGCGCAGGCAGUCUGGCCCUGUUUCCCAGCAUCCACCUGGAGACGUGUGAUGAGCCGCUGUGGAACAUCCAGGCCACAGUGGAGCUGCAGACAAACCAUGUGGCCAAGGGCUGUGACCGUGACAACUACUCUGAGAAGUCGCUGCGCAAGCUCUGUGGUGCUGCCUCAGGUGAAAUCGACCUGCUGCCUGUGCCCAGCCCCCUGGCCAACUGGACGGCACGUCUCUCAGUGCAUUACAGCCAGGACAGCAGCCUCAUCUACUGGUUCAAUGGCAGCCAGGUGGCGCAGGUGCCUGUGGGCAGUGGGGUGGGUGCCCAUGAGGGGCUCAGCGACCACUUCACCCUGUCGCUGUGGAUGAAACACGCUGUGGCACCUGGCAAGGGCAAGAAGGAGGAGGAGACGGUGAUCUGCAGCACGGUGCAGAGUGAGGAUGGCUACUCUCACUACUCUCUGGCUGUGCAUGGCUGCCGAAUUGCUUUCCUCUACUGGCCUUUGCUGGAGAGCGCGAGACCUGUCAAGUUCCUAUGGAAGCUGGAGCAGGUCUGUGAUGAUGAAUGGCACCAUUAUGCCCUCAACCUGGAGUUCCCCACCGUUACACUCUAUGUGGAUGGCGUGUCCUACGACCCUGCGCUCAUCCAUGACAAUGGCCUCAUCCAUCCCCCGCGGCGAGAACUUUCUCUCAUGAUCGGAGCCUGCUGGGCUGAGGAGAAAACCAAAGAGAAAGUGAGAGGGAAUGAGAACUCCACAGAUCCCAUGCAAGGAGACCCUCUGCUGAUUCACCACUACUUCCACGGUUACCUGGCUGGCUUCACCAUCCGCCCCGGCAGCCUGGAGAGCCGGGAGGUGAUAGAGUGCCUCUAUGCCUGUCGCGAGGGGCUUGACUACAGUGACUUUGACAGUCUUGGCAAAGGGAUGAAGGUUCAUGUGAAUCCUUCCCAAUCCCUGCUCACACUGGAGGGGGACGAUGUGGAAACCUUCAACCACGCAAUCCAGCAUGUGGCAUACAUGAACUCGCUGCGCUUUGCCACGCCCGGAGUCCGGCCCCUCAAGCUCACCACCACCGUCAAGUGCUUCAGUGAGGAAUCCUGUGUCUCUAUCCCUGAUGUGGAAGGCUACGUGGUGGUGCUGCAACCCGACGCCCCCCAGAUCCUGCUGAGUGGCAAUGCUCACUUUGCUCGUCCUGCUUCAGACUUUGAGAACCCUGAUGGGGUCUCCCUGUUCCCUGACCUCCAGGUCACCUGCUCCAUCUCUCACCAGGUGGAGGCCAAGAAGGAUGAGAGCUGGCAUGGCACGGUGACAGACACACGGAUGUCAGAUGAGAUUGUCCACAACCUGGAUGGCUGUGAGAUCUCCCUGGUGGGCGAUGACCUGGACCUGGAGAGGGAAUACCUAAUCUUGGAUGGUGCAUCCCUGCAGCAGCGGGGCCUGGAGCUCAUCAACACCUCCGCCUACUUCACCAUCACAGGUGUGGAGAGCAUUGCGGUGUAUGAGGAGAUCCUGCGCCAGGUCUCAUACCGCAUCCGCCACGGCGCUGCCCUCUACGAGAGGAAAUUCCGCCUCUCCUGCACGGAGAUGAAUGGCCGCUACUCCAGUAAUGAGUUGACAGUUGAGGUGAAUGUUCUUCACAAUGUGAACCGGGUCGCUCAUCCUAACCACAUCCUCAGCUCCCAGCAGCUGCUGCACCGAGGCCACCACCUGCCACCAGAACUGUCUGGGCACAGCCUGGCCAAUGUCCAUCGCAACUCCAUGGUCCCCAGCGCAGCUACCAUCAUCAUCGUGGUGUGCGUGGGCUUCUUGGCUCUCAUGGUCAUCCUGGGCAUCCUGCGCAUCCACUCCCUGCACCGCCGGGGCACUGGGCACGAGGCUCCAGGGGCUGCCGAGGGAGGCCGUGCGGGAGCUGGUAGCAAGGAGAGUGACAUGUUCUGGGACGACUCAGCCCUCACCAUCAUUGUCAACCCCAUGGAGUCCUAUCAGAGCUGCCAGGAGAGGGCAGCAGCGCAUGGGGAGAGCAGAGCUGUGGUGGGAAUGCAAGACGACGACAAUGACAGCAGUGACUCAGACACACCGGACACCCCAGGCAGCGAUGAUGCAGAUGACCAGCGCAUCGUGGGCAAGAGAGAUGGCCCCCGUUGUUACUAGAAGACCUGUGCUGUGGGAGGAGGGAAGCCAGGAUGCUAACCAGAAAGAUCCCCACCUCCACCAUGCAGCCUGAGGGGGGGAAUAGCCUCUUCCCCACCCCCGUACACACAUUCCUUUCCCUCAACCCCUUCUCUUGCCUACGCCCUCUUCCUCUGCCAUUUUCACAAAGGAGCAGUGCCCGGGGGAGGGCACUUUAUACUCUAAACCUCUCUUCUUCCCCAACACCACAGGCUGGGGCAGGGGCUCCUUUCCCACGCCCUCGAGCAUUAGGCCCCUCCUCCUCCUGAGGACAGGAUAGUGCAGGGCCCUAUGGGGAGAAAGUAGAAUGCUUAGAAACCAUGGGGAAGGAAAUACCCACCAGCAAGGUUUGAGCAAGUGGGGUCAGCUGCAGGCCCCCACCUAUUAUAUAUAUUGUAUAUUUUUUCAAUGUUGUCAUUGAGGUUUAUUCUUGUUCGAUGCGAAAAAACACAAAAACCUGCAGCUUGUGUCGCUUUGUAAAGUUGUCAAUAACCCUAAAUGAGUGAAAGGAGGUGGGAACAAAGUGGAUUUUAAAAUAAAAGGAUUUAAAAUAAACACACCCACAGCCUUCAGGAUUCUUCAUUCUGAGAGGCAGGAGGUGGAAAGGAUGCUCAAAGGGCAGCAGGUAGCCCUCUCUAGGCAAAAGGGUGUGAUUUUACAACGUUGCCUGCAGUGAGGCAGCUGAAAGCUACAGAAAGCUUUUUAUCCAUCAAAGUAGGGCCUUAGUUUUAGGCAGUCUGUUCCCUCUGCAGUAGCUCCAAGGAGGUAGUAGGAGUAGUACUUCAGUUACAGAUUUGAUAUUUUCAUGAGUCAUAUUUUUCUAUACUCUUAGGCUA